AUGCUGCGCUUCCUCGCGCAAUCCUUGGAGCCACUCGGCUUCAGGCGGAUUGGCACUGUCGAUGACUUUAUGGAGAGCACCGACAUCAAUCAGUCACCUGCCCCGGCCGCUAGGGCGCAGCACCUCCACGCCGGGGGGACCUCGUCCGAUCACCUGCUUAUGGUCAUGGACAAGGUUCAGCUGCGCAAGGCUUUGGAGCAGCAAGGCUUCCAGGAGCUCGAGAACUCACUUGAAUUCCACCAGCUCUGGGACGCCAUCAAUAACAAUGGCAGCCUUGACUUGAAAAGCUUCCAUGCAGUGCUGCGGCAUUUGAAGCUCUACCUGCUUUGCGGGGGCAUGCGGUGGACGUCGGCAGCAACCGGAACCGUGGCUCCACAGCUGCCAGAGGAGUCGGGCUUUAUCGGCUUCAUCGACUGGAACCAGCGCCGAAUUGAUGAGUUUUACUUUCGAAGGCCGGAGAGGCCGAUGGACUUCUUCUUGACCCACCGGAAGGCUCAGAUGAAGAUGCGGUGGGUACACUGCGCGCGGGUUGGACGACCGACCAUCUUGCGCCUCGCAGUGAAAUACCAAUUGCACCCGCUGCCGGUGGAAGACUUAAUCCAGUUGGAGCAGCAAUCCGUUCCUUUGGUCCGCAAAUACAACGAGAAUUUUUUCGUGGUGAUCCCUCUUUUGAGAUUGACCUCCGAAGCCAAGAGGAAGCUUAGCCAGUACCGUGAGCUGCGCUCAAGGCGCAUCUCUGACGUGCAGGCUGAGGCCGAGGAUAUCUUUACUGCUCCGGAGUUGGAGCACUGCCGCUUCGCAUGUUUCGCUGCGGGCCCGCCGCACUAUGACACAGUCAUCAGCUUCAUGACAGAGUGGAAGAAAUGCCAGCUGCACGGAGAAUCUGAGCAUGCCGAGACAGGCCGGGCUCGAAGUUCCAGCGACGACGCUCCAGGCCGAAAUCGGAUAGAUUUGUCGCCUUUGCCUCUUCUGUCGCCAAGCAUGCCGUCGCCCUCCAUGACGGGCGAGGCGGAGAGGCAAGAGACCGGCGACGAGCAUGACUUUUUUGCUGGGGUCGUCCGACAGAUCCAGCGAGAUUACUCCAUGCUCAGAGCGGGCAACGCCUCCUGGAUCCUGUGGCGCCUUGUUGACGUAACCAUCGACGAACUCUCGCCGAUCCUCUCUGCGUACAGAGCUCAGCUCCGGUGGUUUUCCAGUCUGAUCACCACUCAGGAAGCGCGCGUCUCCAAAGACGUGGAGAAGCGACUCCUGCGAAGCAAGGUCGAACUUGACUGGGUCCAGCGCAAGGUGCGUCCCAUCUUGAAGGUCUUGAAGCAUCUGAUCAAGGACAAGGCCAUCGACCCGGACGUUACCAGAUAUCUUGAAGAUGUUGAGGAUCACCUCAACCUUUUCUUGGAGGAGGUAAGCCGCAUCAUCGGAGUGUGCAACUCCUUGCGGGAUGAGGUGAACUCCUACCGGGAUCGCCAACAGCAAAAGGUGCUUUACGUGUUGACCUUGGUGACGACCCUAGUGAUGCCUACCCAUCUCCUCACGGGGAUCUUCGGCAUGAACUGGCAGGAUGAGGCGGGACAGCCCGUGGUUCCCGGGUUCGGCGUGAUGGCCGAGAAUCGAGGUUACUACCUCUUCUGGGGGACUUCGAUCGCAUUUACUUUUGUGAUUUGGACCACUUUCCGACGGUACAUAGGCCUGGAGUUUGAUCCCUUAAUUACAGCUCAAAGCUUCGGCCCCUUGGAGCAAAGCUCGCGAACCUCCCAAGGUCGCCAUGCGCUUCCACGAAAUUGUGAUGCUUUACUGCCUCGUUGCUGUGCGCGGCUCCUGUCCCGCUGGCCAAGAGGAGGUCACAAAGACCUGGCAGAUCAGUGCAGCAAGACGACUUCGAAGUGUGCCCUGGCAGGGGAUUUCCAGGGCAUUGGAUGCUUUCCAGCCCUCUCCUCCGGCCGUGCUGGGCCGCUGGAGAUUGGCAACCGGGAGCUGAAAAAACCGGAGAGGUCCCAUGCCUUGAUGACGGUGUCCUUUAACGAUACCGAUCUCGAGCUGGGUGCUGACAUGAGCCCGGACACAAGCAAUAACGUCCCGGGCAAACAGACCAUUUUCCUGAUGUUCCGCAACGUGGACCUGGCGUCGGAUGCGACAAUCAACUCUGCCCGUGUCGUCUUCACUGUGGACGGCACCGGCGGCUGCUGCGACAGAGACUUCGAGGUCACGGCCAAGAUGGCGUUGAACCCAUCCACCCUGAAUGUGACGAGUCUUACGGCACCAGCAGCCUUGAACAUCUACGAGAAUGCAUCCACCAAUGCCAGCGUGACCUAUGUGCCUGAUGACCACACCGUCAUGGGUGCCGAGGUCAGCACUCCGGAUUUAUCCGCACCUUUGAGGGAGGUCCUUGCUCAGAGCAGCUGGGGCAAUUGGGUGCUGGUCAUGUUUGGCGACAGCAACUCUACCCGUGGACCGCAGAGCCGGGAGUAUGAGACUUUCGACGGAAUGCAGCCGGCGCAGGCCGCCAAGUUGGUAGUCGGAACUUGCCAGCUCGCCCAGGGGAGCACGUCUAAUGCAAUCCCGAGAAGGUCGUUGGGCCUGUUGCUCUUUUCGUUUGUGAGCUUUUUGGCUGUGUGA